AUAUUUUGUCAAAAGCUGCUGAAGUUAAUGGACAAGAAACGGAUUUAUCGAAUUCGCAUUUUCCACCAAUUUAUCCGGCCCACAAUUCAGGAGAGAUAAUUAAAGACGAACAACGAUCGCGAAGGGAACAAUCACAGCGUGCCUCACAAUCAAUUGGACAGUAUUUGUUAUCGGGCUGGGCUUUGAUUGACGAGAUUUGCCCCAACGAGUCGUGUUUCGGGUCCACUUUGCAAUUUGAAAAUGCGAGUGAUGCGCAAGUCCAUAUAUCAUCGAGCGAAACAAGAUUGGGUAAUUCAAUGUCAAAUGAUACAUUGCAAGAAUCAAUUUCCUCAUUGUCAUCAUCACUUCGGGGAUUGACAGAUUAUUUGAAGCUUAUGACUGAGGAUCUCGGGAUCAUCAUGAAUCCGAAUAUCAAGGAGACUUGUGAGGCGAUAAGGAGUUGCGCCCAAGCGUUAGAAAUCUUGGUGUCAUUGAAACAGAAUAAAGCAGAAAGUUAA